UGCAUUGUAGAAUAUACUUUGCUCCGUUCUGCAAAAAUCCUUUCUUUUUCUGUUCUCACUUUCUUUCUUUUUCUCUCUAAUCAUUAUCGUCAUUGAAACUGUUCUCUCUCUCUCUCUCUCUCUCUCUCUCUCUGCAAAGAUCAUGGAGCUUUUUCUGGAGCUCGCGUCGACCGUUGCUCUUACUCUUCUGCUCUGCUACUUCAUCGGCAAGCUCGUUUCGUCUUCUCCAAAUGGCGGUACAAUGAACCGCGACGGAAAAAUCGGUGUUCGCGACUGCAAUUUCCGAGUCGAAUCGGCGGUUCGCGGUUCAGAAAUCGAAGAGCGAUUCGAUAUCAUCGAGAAAGUUGAAGGUGAAGAGGUUCUGAAGAAUUUGUCCGUCGAAGAAUUCGUGAAUGGAAGCGAAAUCGAAGAGGAUGAAGCUUCGGGAGAGAAACUUGUUGAGCAAGAAAGUUACGGCGAGAACCGUGGGUUUUCCGAGAGAGAAGAGGGAAAUAUUGGAGAAAUUGAGGUGUGUUCUAGCAAUAACGACGAAAUGAGCGGCUCUAAGUGUGAAUGCGAAGAGAAAGAUGAGGAUCGUGUAAAAGAGGGUUUUUUGUCGGAUGAAGAAGAGGAUGAUUGGGUGGGAAUAGAAAGAACUGAGCUGGAGAGGCUUUUCGGUGAGGCGCUUGUUUUUGUUGGGUCUAGGAGUAAUUACGAUAAAGUUUCGGGUAUGGAAAAUGAUUUGAAACUGAAGUUGUAUGGACUUCACAAGAUUGCGACUCAAGGACCUUGCUUGGACCCCCAGCCAAUGGCGUUGAAAGUCUCUGCAAGAGCAAAAUGGAAUGCUUGGCAGCAGCUUGGGGAAAUGACUCCAGAGAUGGCCAUGGAACAAUACAUCUGGCUUCUUUCAGAAAAAAUUCCCGGGUGGAUGCGAGACCGAUUUCGUGGAGAUGGCAAGCAGGGUUAUUUAGGUGCAGGGGUCGAAAGAAAGCAUGAAGAACUAAAGGCUUAUCACUGAGGCAUAGAUGUGAUUUGUGUUAGGGUACGGACCCAUUGAACAAAGCAACAAGGGUAACUUGUUCUACAACAGUAGAUGACCUAAUUGCCAAUGACGGGGAGAUGAAGGAUUCAAAGACAGCUAGCCCCAGUUUACAACAAGUACAUAUUUUUAGUGUUUCUACCUUAUCUGUCUGUGUCUAUUUCAUUAGAUUUAUCCAAUUAUUACCAGUUUCUUGUAUUCUUUCUUGGUUUUAGGUCAGGUUCGUCUUUGACUUUUUCUCCUCCCACCCUAUUUGGUUGGUAUAUAUGCAUAUAUACAUAUAUAUAUAUAUAUAUUUAUGUAUGCUUAGAUAAUUAGAAAUAAGAAGAAAAUUAGGAUUGUUACUCAAGCCUGUGGGAAAUGAAAGGUAUUCUACCAUUGCCAAA